AGGCAGCACUAAGUUCAGAGCUGUUUGACAGGCAGGCGUUUGGCUUUAGCGUCUCUCUCUUGGAAGGACACGUCUGUGGGUGAACAGCCAUGGUGCUGUCUCACCGCCUCCUCCCCUUUCUCCUCCUCCUCCUCUUUCCCACUCCCAUCCCCUGCACCUCGGUGUCACAAGGCCCCUCAUCCGCUGUGGCUGCAGCAGGUCCCAUCCUGGAGGACCGGCCCUUCGUCGUGGUGUGGAACAUGCCCACGGCACAGUGUCAGAGACGCCACGGUGUCCACCUGGACCUGGGAGACUUCGACAUCGUGGAGAACAGACAGCAGCGCUUCCAGGGACAGAAAAUGACCAUCUUCUACCGGGACCGGCUGGGGAAAUAUCCAUACAUCUCCCGAGACGGCAGCAAAGUGAACGGAGGGAUGCCGCAGCUCGGUGACCUCUCAGCUCACCUUUCCCUUGCAGCAACGCAGAUAUCCAGCGCGCUGCAGCCAAACUUCAGCGGUUUAGCCGUAAUCGACUGGGAAGAGUGGCAGCCAUUGUGGGAGAGAAACUUUGGAACCAAGAUGGAGUAUCGGAGGCUGUCCAAGCUGCUGGUGAGACAGGAGAGACCGGAUCUGUCGGACGGGGCCGUGACAUCGUUGGCGAGGCAAAAGUUUGAGGAGAGCGCCCGGAAGUUCAUGGAGGAGACGCUGCGGUCGGCGGUCACAGAUCGUCCCAAUGGACUGUGGGGGUUUUAUGGCUUUCCCUCCUGCUUUAAUAAGCAUAAGAGAAAGACAGAUAAAAGCUACACAGGAAGCUGCCAUGAGGGGACCAAAAAGCUAAAUGACCAGCUGUCCUGGCUCUGGCGUCAGUCCACGGCCCUGUAUCCCAGCAUCUACCUGCCCCAGAGGCUGGCGGGAUCCAUGGACACGGCUCUGAUGGUCAGACACAGACUGCUGGAGGCUUUGAGGGUGGCAUCAGUUUGGCGCCAUGGCAACAGUACCGAUCAUGCCACACCAGUCCUUCCCUACGCCAGGCUAGCAUUCACACACACUCUCAACUUUCUUAAUAAGACGGACCUGGUGCACACACUGGGGGAGAGCGCGGCGCUGGGAGCUGCUGGAGCAGUGCUGUGGGGGGAGCUGAAAUUUGCUAGAUCCAAGCAUCAGUGCAUCCUUCUCAGAGACUACAUACACACCGCCUUGGGUCCCUUCAUCCGGUCGCUGAGGUCUGACACACACCGCUGCAGCCUCCAGCUUUGCCACGGCAACGGACGCUGCGCCAGGCGACGCCCCAGCUCUGGUCACAUGGUCACCUCCGGCCCGGCUAUGACCUCUGAUCCUUAUCAAACCAACCUCCUCACGGGCUCCUCCAGUGGCGAACCUUUUCACAAAAACUUCCUGUGUCAGUGCUACCCGGGCUGGACCGGGCAGGAGUGUCAGGACAAGAAGAAGAAGUAAGCCAGAUGUUUCAGUCAGCGCUCGUGGAAGACCAAAUAAAUUUCUGUGGAUGUGAGGCCUCCACGUCAAUAAAAUGAAUGUAUUGGCAGCCCCUUGUACUAAUGUAAAAACUUAAAUAAGUAUAACUAAUAAAAGGCUGCCUGCUGCCUCUGAAUGUUUAAAUUGUGGUAGUUAUACUCACCUGAGUCAUGUAAUAAAGCAU